AUGGACUGCGGUGUGGAAAUGCAGUCUCUGUCGGUGAAGUGCCUGUUCAUCCAAUUAACCAAAUUACUAUGGGGAGCUCUGGCCGAGGGCAACGCCAGUGGACGGCUGCUGGGGAGGCACCCACUCUGCGCCAGGCGCAGUGCUUGGAGCUGCCAAUACGUAGAGGACACAGCAGCUGAGGCGGCCCUCCUGGAAUUGGCGUCCACACCGGGAGAGGAACAGCACAAUCCGUCAACCUCAACUCGACUGGCUCUUGGGACCGGGUCAUUCCCUGUGGUGGGGGCUGGCCUGGGAACCCACGAGACGCCUGCAGUACCCUCCCUCGAGCCGCGACAGCCGGAAUCAUCUCAAGACACCAGCUGUCCUCUGUCACACACAGCCAGGGCAGCUAGGCGACCACUGAGCUGGCCUCAGAAAAGAAGAAAGGCAGUCGAGGCCUGUCAGGGUAAGCGGUGCAGGAAUGGAGGCACGCUCAGGCCCCUCUGGGUGACACACGCCCGCCAUCAGGGCGGCGGGUCCCGGGGCCGCACGUCUGGGAGCCAGACGAGCUCUGAUCCGCUGGGGAACACGGCGAGGACCCCGUAUGUGUGCUCCUGCCCCUCACGUCUCGUCGUUUGCCGGCAGUGGUUCACAGGAGCGGACACCUUUCAGGGCUCUGCACACAGCAUCUUGACUCGAUCACCUUGA